AUGUUCAACAAAUCCUUCGGAACUCCGUUUGGAGGCAGCACUGGUUUUGGGACGACUUCAACUUUUGGACAAAAUGCCGGCUUCGGUACGACGAGCGGAGGAGCGUUUGGAACGUCGGCCUUUGGGUCAAACAAUAACACUGGAGGCCUCUUCGGAAGCACGCAGACAAAACCAGGAGGAUUGUUUGGCUCAACUACCUUUAAUCAGCCAGCCACCUCCUCCACCAGCACCGGCUUUGGGUUCGGAACAUCGACCGGGACGUCAAACAGCCUGUUUGGCACUACCAGCACUGGUGGAGGCCUCUUCUCCUCCCAGAAUAAUGCCUUUACGCAGAACAAACCAUCCGGGUUUGGAAACUUUGGAACUAGUACGAGCAGCGGAGGUCUCUUCGGAACCACUAACACAACUUCCAAUCCUUUUGGGGGAACCUCUGGCUCUCUCUUUGGUCCGACUAGUUUCACCGCUGCCCCAACCGGCACAACCAUCAAGUUCAACCCCCCGACUGGUACAGACACCAUGGUGAAAUCUGGAGUUAGCACAAACAUCAACACCAAGCACCAGUGCAUCACUGCCAUGAAGGAAUACGAAAGCAAAUCUCUGGAGGAACUCCGUUUAGAAGACUAUCAGGCAAACAGGAAGGGGCCUUCCAAUCCUGUAGGAGCAGGAGCAGCUGCAGGGCUGUUCGGGUCUUCCACGGCGACAUCAAGCACAGCUACAGGGCUCUUUGGCUCUUCGACCACUAAUACAGGUUUUUCGUACGGACAGAAUAAAACUGCUUUUGGAACCAGCACGACUGGCUUUGGGACAGGAACAACAGGUGGUCUUUUCGGCCAGCCAUCUCAAACGACGAGUCUCUUCAACAAACCGUUUGGACAAGCCACGACGACGCAGAACACCGGCUUUUCCUUCGUCAACACCAGCACGCUGGGGCAGCCAAACACCAACACCAUGGGUCUCUUUGGGGUCACCCAGCCCUCACAGCCCGGAGGCCUUUUUGGAACAGCGGCCAGUACAAAUGCUGGGACUGGAUUUGGAGCUGGAACGGGUCAUUUUGGACAGACGAACACGGGAUUUGGUGUUGGCAGUUCGACUCUGUUUGGGAACAAGCCGGCAGGAUUCGGAACCACCACGACCAGUGCUCCCUCCUUCGGCACGACCACUGGCGGCGGACUCUUUGGUUUUGGUGCCAACACUGCUGGAAGUAGCUUGUUUGGAAGUAAGCCUGCCACUGGGACUCUGGGAACUGGUCUUGGAACAGGGUUUGGAACAGCUCUUGGGGCGGGACAGACCUCUUUGUUUGGAAGCACCCAGCCUAAACUCGGUGGGACGCUGGGAACAGGAGCCUUCGGAGCCCCGGGGUUCAAUACAUCGACAGCUCCCCUGGGCUUUGGAGCCCCUCAGCCUGCUGUGGCACUGACAGAUCCAAAUGCAUCGGCUGCCCAGCAAGCUGUGCUUCAGCAGCAGCUCAACAGCUUGACUUACUCGCCCUUUGGAGACUCUCCGCUCUUUAGGAACCCCAUGCCAGACCCGAAGAAGAAGGAAGAGAGGCUGAAGCCCACGAAUCCAGCAGCUCAGAAGGCUUUGAUGACCCCCACCCACUACAAACUGACUCCCCGUCCCGCCACCAGAGUGCGACCGAAAGCGCUGCAGUCAGCUGGCUCCGCCAAAUCUCAUCUUUUUGAUGGUCUCGACGAUGACGAGCCAGCCCUAACCAAUGGAGUAUUCAUGCCAAAGAAGAGCAUCAAAAAGCUGGUUCUGAAGAAUCUCAACUGUCGGAAUCUCUUCUCACCUGUCAAUCGAGAAAAUGAAGACCUGGCGUCUCCGUCGGAGUACCCGGAGAAUGGCGAUCGGUUCUUUUUGUCGGUACCUCCCGAUGACAACCUGAGACAAGAUGGUGAGCGAGAGGAGGAGGAGGACCAUCAUGAAAUCACUCGAUUUUACACGAACCCCAUCGCCAAGCCCAUCCCGCAGACCCCGGAGAGCACGGGGCACAAACAGCCGAGCAGCGUGGACGACACCAUCGUGGCUCUGAACAUGCGGGUGGGCUUGCGGAACAGCCUGGAGGGCAGCAGCGAGGAUGCCUCGUUUCACGAUGAUUCUCUUCAGGAUGAGCGUGAGGAAGAGCCCGAAACUGUCCAUCAUCUGCACCCUGCAGGAAUUGUGCUAACACGAGCCGGCUAUUACACCAUCCCCUCCAUGGAGGAGCUGGCUAGACUGACCGGUGACAGAAAUGAAUGUGUCGUGACAGGCUUCACCAUAGGCCGCAGAGGUUACGGAUCAAUUUACUUUGAAGGAGAGGUGGAUCUGACUAACUUGAAUCUGGACGACAUAGUCCACAUCCGUAGAAAAGAGGUCAUCGUUUACCCCGACGACGAAAGAAAGCCGCCUGUUGGUGAAGGUUUGAACAGGCGAGCUGAGGUUACUUUGGAUGGAGUCUGGCCUACGGACAAAACAUCUCGUUGCCUGAUCAAAAGCCCGGAGCGACUGGCAGAGAUGAACUACGAAGGCAGACUGGAGUCUGUGUCUCGGAAGCAGGGUGCUCGAUUCAAGGAAUACCGCCCAGAGACUGGCUCGUGGGUGUUCAAGGUGCCACACUUCUCCAAGUACGGCUUGCAGGAUUCGGAUUCGGAGGAAGAAGAUCAUACUUCAAAAGUGGAUACCAAGAAGUUGAAAACGGCACCUGUGCCGCCCCCAGGGCACCUGCCACCCCAGCAAAUGACCCUGGAUGGCAGCAAGCCAACGCCUCCGUCUCAGAUCCCCGAAGUGGAGCAGCUGGGCAGGGUUGUGGAACUGGACAGUGACAUGGCAGACAUCACCCAGGAGCCUCCCCAGGAGCCCGUUGUAGAAGAUGACAUAAUAGAAGAGCCAGAGGCAGUGCCUGCUUCGACCCACAUCGCCUCCACCCUGGGUAUUAACCCCCAUGUCUUACAGAUUAUGAAAGCUUCCUUGCUUGCUGAUGAAGAUGACCUCGAUUGGAUCCUGGAUCAUUAUCCUGGGAAGCAACCUGUGAAAACGGAUACUUCUCAAGAGAUCUGUUCUCCGAGGCUCCCUAUUUCAAAAUCACAAGGACAGAAAAGAUACUCAGCUGGUGGGCUGCUGCAAUCCAAGUUUGCUAAUGUGAUUUUCCAGCCACCGAGUGCUGCCCCGCAAGAUCUCAAGGCACCAGGGACCCUGAGCAGUCCCCCUCCUACUGCCCUCUGGUCGGCGACUUCUCCGUUGGCAUCUGUGUUCACUGUCCCUCCCUCAGUCCCCGAAGUACAGAUUAAAACAGUCGGUGUCCGCAGGCAGCAGGGCCUCGUGCCUCUGGAGAAGUCCAUCACCUACAGGAAAGGGAGGCUCCUGAUGGAUAUGGGACUCUUCAUGGGGCGCUCGUUUCGUGUUGGUUGGGGACCCAACUGGACGCUUGUCAAUUGUGGAGAUGUACUGAGUGGAUCAAGUGAAGUGGAAGAUCUUCAGUGUGAGUCCGUGGAAUACGGAUUCCUGCCAACUCCUGUUGCUCCAAAAUCACUCUCAGAAUCCUCUUUCAAGGUUCACGUGGAGAAGCUGAGCUUAGAACAACGGCAGGUGGACAGAGACCAGAUGUAUCUCAUCCCUCUGGAGAUAAAGCUGAAGCACAGCACUGUCCAUAUGGAUGAGCACUGUCCUCUUCUGGCCCCCAACCCCGGAGUUUCUGCUAUCCACGACUAUGCCGACUGGGUUAGGAAGGUGUCUGAGGAUCCUGCUGUGACAGAAACUGUGGUGAAGCACUGGUGCUUGACGUGGACUUUAUGCGAAGCCAUUUGGGGGAACUUGAAGGAGCUGGAGGCCAGCUUGGAGGAGCCCAGUGAGUACCUGCUGGCCCUGGAGCGCAGGAGAGCCUUCUCUCGCUGGCUGUCGGAGACUGCUGCGGGACGGAUCGAGGAGGAAGUCUCGUUGUCCCGACAUGGGAAUCACGUCGAGGCCGUGUUCAGCUGCCUGACUGGGAAGAGGAUCGGUGAAGCUUGCAGGCUGGCCCAGCAGUCAGGUGACCACAGGCUGGCUCUGCUCCUCUCCCAGCUGGCUGGCAGCCAGCCCGUGCGGGACCUCCUCACCAUGCAGCUGGUGGACUGGCACAGGCUGCAGGCAGACUGCUUCAUCCAGGAAGAGAGACUGCGGAUCUUUGCCCUGCUUGCAGGAAAGCCUGUGUGGCAGCUGUCGGAGAGAAUAAGCAUCAAUGUGUGCUCGCUGCUGGACUGGAAGCGUUGCAUGGCUGUCCACCUCUGGUACCUGCUUCCACCAACAGCUUCUAUUUCCAAGGCACUUGCCAUGUACGAGUCGGCGUUUCAGAACACCCCAGAGUGUGAGAAAUACGCGUGCUGUCCUCUGCCUCCCUACCUAGAAGAUUCUGGUUGUGUGAUUGAAGAAGACGAUGCAGGAAGACCUCUGAGGGAUGUCUGUUUCCAUUUGUUAAAGCUCUACAGUGACAGGCACUAUGAUCUUGACCAGCUGCUCGAUCCCAGGAGCGUAACGUCUGACCCUCUGGACUAUCGUCUCAGUUGGCACCUGUGGGAAGUGCUCAGAGCCCUGAAUUACACCCAUCUGUUCAAGCAGAGUCAGGGAGUGCUGAACGCCAGCUACGCUGCCCAGCUGGAAAGCGAAGGGCUUUGGGAGUGGGCUGUCUUUGUGCUGCUGCAUGAGCCUGACACGCACAUUCGGGAGAAGGCCGUGCGGGAGCUCCUGAGCCGGCACUGCGUUCUCUCCGAGACACCCGAGUCUUGGGCCAAGGAGACUUUUCUGACGCAGAGGCUCUGCGUCCCUCCCGAGUGGAUUCAUGAAGCGAAGGCGGUUCGAGCAAGGAUGGAGGGUGACAAGCAUAAAGAAGCCCUCUUCUUGUUCAAGGCUGGGCACUGGAACCAGUGUCACAAGCUGGUCGUCAGGCACUUAGCUUCAGAUGCCAUUAUUAAUGAGAACUACAAGUACCUGAAAGGAUUCCUGGAAGAUCUUGCCCCUCCGGAGCGUAGUGCGCUCAUCCAGGACUGGGAGACGGCCGGGCUGGUCUACCUGGAUUACAUCCGUGUGAUUGAGAUGCUUGAUAGGAUUCAACAGCUGGAUUGUUCCACCUACGAGCUGGAGCGGUUACAUACCAAAGUGACGUCGCUGUGCAACAGGAUAGAGCAGAUCCAGUGCCGCAGCGCCAAGGACCGCCUGGCCCAGUCAGACAUGGCCAAGCGCGUUGCCAACCUGCUGCGGGUGGUCCUCAGCCUGCAGCACGCCCCGGAGCCCCUCGCCGACUCCGCGCCCGACCCGCAGCGCGUCCCUCUGCGCCUGCUCGCCCCCCACAUCGGGCGGCUGCCUCUGCCGGAGGACUACGCCCUGGAGGAGCUCCGCAGCCUCACCCAGUCCUACCUGCGGGAGCUGACCGUGGAGACCCACUGA